AAGGGGUCCGGCGCGUGCGCGGCUGGAGGGCGGGGGGAUUCGCAGCCGGGCGCGUGCGCUCGCUCGGCUCCUCCCCCUUCCUCCAACGGACGCGGCGGAGGCGUCUGAUUGGGCGGGUCGCGCGAGAGAGGGGUCGGAGGAGCGGCUGGCUGGACGGACGGCUUCGCUCGCUCGCGCGUCGCGGGGGCUGCCGGGAUAGGAAGCGAAGGGAGGGAGACCACCGUUGCCGAGUUCUUUCCUCGCCAUGGCCCACAAGCAAAUCUACUACUCGGACAAGUACGACGACGAGGAGUUCGAAUACCGGCACGUGAUGCUGCCGAAGGACAUUGCCAAGCUGGUUCCCAAAACUCAUCUCAUGUCCGAGUCGGAGUGGCGGAACCUCGGGGUCCAGCAGAGCCAGGGCUGGGUUCACUACAUGAUCCACGAGCCAGAGCCUCAUAUCCUGCUUUUCCGAAGGCCACUGCCAAAGAAGCCAGAAAAGUGAUUCUCGUGCAGACCUUCCUCAUGUUUUAGAUUCAAGCACCUUUUUAAAAAUAAACCCAUGUUCUUAUUUUUUAAAAAAGAUUUGAUACACAUUUCAGUAUGUCUAUGAAGAAAACGCCACACGGCAUAACCAGCAAGCCACUGACUCUGGAUUAGAUUCUUUUGCUGCAGAAGGACUGCCUACUGAAAAGGAUUGAUUUCACUGUUGUCCAAAAAAAAAAAGACUUUAUACUGUUUGAAACAUGAAUAUUUUUACACUGGCUUUCCCUAUUAAAGGCUGCUCCUUUAUCCACGCACUGGGGCUAGCUUGGGUUUUAAAUGUAUGAGAAUGUGGUGUGUUUCUCUGCUUUGAUACUUCUAAUGUUUGUGGUUUUUAAAAAACUUGUAAUUCAAAGUAUGCUUUGGAAUUUUUAAUGUUAUUCUGUAUAGGGCUGUUCUUGAACCUCUGUUAAUAAAGUACUCCACUUUUGUA